AUGUUUAAUAUUGUAUAUAGACCAUUUUAUGUUGAUGGAUAUGGAGUGACAUAUCCGAUGGAAUCAACAAAUUGCUUUUAUAACAUGAGGUUGGAGAGGAGAUCUUAUGAUUUGUACAUAACUUUGUGUUAUUAUUUGCCGAUUUGGGUAGCAUUUCUAUAUAACUUAAUAAUAAUAACAUUAGUUGUAAGAAGAAUAUUAAAGCAUAUAACAGAUUUUACAAACAAAACAUAAGUUUUUGCAUUGUUUCUUUAUCCAACAAUAUUAUUCAUUUGCUGGGUGAUUGUAAUCUUACUUUAGUUAUCCUGUAGCCUGGCUUAGUUCAACAAUUUAAUCCAUAAUCUAUUUUAUGGUAAUACUUAUCGUAGUUUUUCUGCAACAUACUUGGUCUGCUGGAUGCUCUGUGUUAUUGCUUUACUGAGAUAUUUACGAAGAUAAGGAUCAAUGGCUGCAAAUUAGAAUAUUAGGAAGAUUUAUCUGAAAGUAACUUUGGGACCCAAACUAGCCAACAAUUAACCUAAGUAGUUGAUUCAUAAAAAUUGUGAAUACUAUUUAAUAAAUAAUAAUAAAUUAUUAAGCGUCAUUUCAUUUUUUAAGGAACAAAAAUAUAAGUAAUAUAAUAUUAUUGAAAUGUCAUCAUCUUAAGACUUGGUAAAGUGUUCAUUUAACCCAGACGACAUGGGAUAACUAUUAUAUAAAGAGAAUUAUCAUAAGUGGAUAAAAGUAUAAGAGUUGAUUGCUAAAGAUCCAAUAUUGUAAAAUAAUGUAGCAGAUUAUGGAUAAAGCAGAGAUAAAUUAUUUGAAAUCUAUUGCAAGAAGGCCUAUAAACUACACAAAUUACUUAACUAUAGCGAUGAGAUGAUUCCAGGUAUGGUGAACAGUCAAUUCCCAGAAACUGUGGUGACUGUGUUACAUUAAACCAUGUUUAUACCCACAAUCAAAUAUUUGGGAACUGAAAAGUAAAUAGAGAAAUGGGUUCCUCCUUCCUAAAAUUAUGAGAUUGUGGGAUGCUAUGCUCAAACUGAAUUGGGUCAUGGCUCAGAUGUCUAAAGUUUGGAAACUACUGCUGUUUAUGAUAAAAAUACAGAAGAAUUCAUUCUCAACUCACCAACUAUUUCAUCUACCAAAUGGUGGAUUGGAGACUUGGGAUUGACAGCUACACAUGCUGUGACUCAUGCUUAAUUGUUCAUUAAUGGAAAACAUUAUGGAGUCUAAACAUUUAUUGUCUAAGUCAGAGACACACAUACUCAUCUACCACUCAAAGGAAUUGAAGUUGGAGAUGUAGGACCAAAAUAUGGUUAUAACACUAAAGAUAAUGGUUAUCUCAGAAUGAACAAUGUUAGAAUUCCUAGAGAAUAAAUGCUAAUGAGGUAUUCCAAAGUAAGCAAAGCUGGUGAAUUCAUUAAGGCACAAAAUGAAAAGAUUGGAUAUGCCACCAUGAUGUAAGUAAGAACCUCAAUCAUUCAUAAUACCUAUGUCUCUUUAGCAUAAGGAUUAGCUAUUGGAGUUAAGUAUUCUCAUUUUAGAAGAUAAUUUAAAGAUAAAAAUGGUAUUGAAAGACCUAUUAUUGAUUAUUAAACUCAAUAAGAUAAAUUAAUUCCAUUGAUAGCAGAUUGUUAUGCCUAAGGCUUUGGAUGUUUAAGAAUUAGAGAAAUUUUAACAGAAAAUCUAAAAAGAAUCACUGAAAAGAACGAUUUUUCAUUAAUGGGAGACUUACAUGCACUAUUAUGUUGUUGUAAGGCUGUUUAUACUUGGAAUACUCAUUUUGGCUUAGAUAAAAUUAGACAAUCUUUAGGUGGACAUGGAUUUUUAUAAUCUUCAGGUGUUGUUAGUAUUCAAACAGAAUUUGCUCCAAGUUGCACUUAUGAAGGAGAAAAUACUGUUCUAUUACUAUAAACAGGCAGAUACUUAUUAAAAGCUUGUAAUAAAGCAUAAAAACACUAACCAAUAAAUGAAAAUGUUGAAUAUCUCUAUAAUAUUUAAUAAACUUUAUCAUAAAAAGCUACUUUCACAAGAGCUGAAUAAUUGUUAUGUCCUGAAAUCAUCAGAAAAUUAAUGAGAUUACAUGCAGCCUUUUAUGUCAAUAAAAUGAUGCUUAAAAUGAUGGAAAAAGCUGGUGAACAUGGACCCAAAGAAGCAUGGAACAAACAUGUAGCUUCCAUUGCUCAUACUUAUUAUUGGACAUUUAAAACAUUCUUAGAUACAUUAAUAAAAGUUUAGGAUGAGAACAUUAGAUCAGUCCUAUCCAAUUUAUGUUGCUUGUAUGGUUUACAAAGAAUUAUUGAUUGGCCAAUAGGAUAUUUCGAAGGAGGAUUUUUGAAUGGGGAGUAAUUAGAAAUCAUCUUAAAUGCAAAAGAACAUAUCUUCACUCUUUUAAAACCAGAUUUACUUGGACUUGUUGAAUCAUUUAAAUUCAAUGACAAUGCUUUAAGAUCAGAUUUAGUAGAUGCCAAGCCCUAUGAAAAGUUAUUGCAAAGUGCCAAAUUAAGUUCGGUAAACAAUGAAGAGUACUAAAAUAAAUUAAGAUCAUUAACAAGAUAACUUAGAGAGAUGCCAAAGCUGUGAUUUAUAAAUAAUAAAUUAAUAAAUAAAAAUAA